AAACGUUUUUCACUCCUCUCCCCCCAAAACCCCUUUACUCCCACCAUCUCAUUAAGGAAUUUCAAGGAAUAUACAAGCAGAGAGCAAACGAGCAGAAACGUUUCCCUUCCCCUGUUCACCCACUCAAGUGAGAGAAGCCCUCGUUGGGCGGGCGAUGACGGGAUUUCCGGCAGUGGAUGGGGAGCAACGGAACCGAAACAAAGCAAGACCAGUUUAAAGCCUUUGCUUCCAGGUUCCUCAUACUUGUUGGGGGGGGGGAGCAGCCUACCCCCCCCCCGAAGAGGCCAAACCAGCCUCUCUGUGCAAAUGCAAGUUUCCUCGUUGGCUCUUGCUUUGAGAGGAGAAGGCUACCGAUGGCUGCUAGCCCUGAUGGCUAAGCUCGGCCUCCACCGUCGGAGGCAGUAAAUGCUUCGGUGGCUGGGAUUCCCCGGAAGGGCGAACGCUCGCUGCGCUCAGGUCUGGCUUGCACUGGGCUUCCCUCGGGGCGCCUUGGGGGCAUCCAUUUGCCGCGCGCUUUUCCUCCUCUGAGAGAAACGCAGAGAGGGCUGAUCUCACUGUUUAGCAUUCUUAGGGUUAAAAUGUCCUAGAGAGGGAGGGGAUUUGGCGUGGUGGGAGGGGGCGGUCUCCUCCAGAGCAAGAGCCCCUCUCCUCCGAAGCUCCUCCCAGCCUGGCUUCUCCCUUUCAGGGGGAGAAGGAACCUCUGUCUUUCCCAGGCGCUGCAUCCGUUGGUUCCCCUCCUGAAACCUGGACUUGGUAGCACCUCCGAUUAGGACAGCCUUGAGAGAAAAAUUGGCAAAGACAAAGAAGUUCCUUCUGCCCUGUUGGAUGCUUCGAUGGAGCACAGAUCAAAGAUGGAAGAAGAAGAUUUAGCUGCCCCUGAAGCAGGAAGAGUCCUCCCUGCCUUCAACGUUGGGAGCAGUGGGGAAUUCUGGGAAACCACCAUGCCGAAGAUCCUGGGUGAAGAGAACACCCUCAGCUCAGAUCUGCAGUGCCAGUAUUUCAGGAAGUUCCAAGAGGAGGAGUCUGUAGGGCCCCGAGCGGUUUGCAGCAGACUCCAUCGUCUUUGCCAUCAGUGGCUGAAGCCAGAGCGACACACAAAGGCUCAGAUCCUGGACUUGGUGAUCCUGGAGCAGUUUCUGGCUGUCCUCCCACUGGAGAUGGAGAGCUGGGUCAGAGAAUGUGGAGCGGAGACCAGUUCCCAGGCGGUGGCCCUGGCAGAAGGUUUCCUCCUGAGCCAGGCAGAGGAGAAGAAGCAGGAAGAGCAGCAGGUAAAGGGUCUGUUUGCAGAAGUGGCCACUGAUUUCCUUGAGGCAGAAAGGACUCCAUCGGACACCAGACAGAGGCUGCUGGGAGAUGGAAAGAAGCUGUCAAGACCGACUCAGCUAUUGACUCUUUCCGGUGGAGUAGAAGAAUCUGUGGAAUCAGAUCAGGCUUCAGUAUGCUUUGAGGAUGUGGCGGUGUAUUUCACCGAGGGGGAGUGGGCUCUGCUGGAUCCUGACCAGAGGUCACUGCAUAAGGAAGUCAUGGAGGAGAAUUGCGGAAUUGUGGCCUCUCUCGAAGGUGAUGAAUCAGAAACAAAGAAUAAGGGAGAAUUAUGUGGGGAAGAGACACGGGAAAGAGAGAGAUCUAGAAAGAGGGAAGAGCAGAGAAGUAAAACAGAAGCAGAAGAUACGAGGAAGAAUAAAUCAUCUGUUUCUCAGAGCAGUGAAAUUGCAGUCCGAGAAAAAACAGACAAAAAAAACAGAAGUAAAGAUUUUGGAUAUUGGAAAGGUCUCAAUUCUAAAAGAAAAAGCAAAUCCCACAGCAAAAACCACAAAGGGGAGAAACAAUAUAAGUGCUUGGAGUGUGUAAAGAGCUUCAGAGACUGUUCCAGCUUUACUUCCCAUCAAAAAGAUCAUAGAGGGGAAAAAACAUUUAAAUGCUUGGUGUGUGGAAAGAGCUUGAAACAGAAGGCUGCUCUCAUUAAUCAUCAAAAUAUUCACACAGGGGAGAAACUAUAUCAGUGCUUGGAAUGUGGAAAGAGUUUCAUCUCGAAGAAGUGUCUCACUUCUCAUCAAAGAAUACACACAGGGAAUAAGCCACAUAAAUGCUUAGAAUGCGGAAAGAGCUUUUCUUUCCAUUCUAAACUUAACACCCAUCAAAUGAUUCACACUGGGGACAAACCAUAUAAAUGCUUAGAAUGUGGAAAGGGCUUCAGAGAAAAUUCUAGCCUUUCUUCUCAUCAAAGAAUUCACACAGGGGAGAAACCAUAUAAAUGCCUGGAGUGUGGAAAGAGCUUCAGAAACAGUUCUCACUUUUCUUCCCAUCGAAGAAUUCAUACACGGCAGAACCCAUUUCAAUGUUUGCAGUGUGGAAAGGGCUUUGGAAACCAUUCUAGCCUUUCUUCUCAUCAAAGAAUUCACACAGGAGAGCAGCCAUAUAAAUGUUUGGAAUGUGGUAAGAGCUUCCGUCAUAGUUCUAGUCUUUCUUCCCAUCAAAGAAUUCAUACAGGGGAGAAACCACAUAAAUGCUUGGAAUGUGGGAGGUGCUUCACUAGGAAGAUACAUCUUACUAAUCAUCAUAGUAUCCACACUGGGGAUAAACCAUAUAAAUGCUUGAAAUGUGGAAAGAGUUUCCGAUGGAAGAAAAGUUUUGCUUACCAUCAAAGUAUUUAUAAAGGGGAGCAACAACAUAAAUGCUUAGAAUGUGGAAGGUGCUUCAGUCAGCGGUCCAAUCUCACUUACCAUCAGAGAACUCACACUGGGGAGAGACCAUAUAAGUGCUUGGUGUGCGGAAAGGGCUUCAGAGCCAGUUCUAGCCUUUCUUCCCACCAUAAAAUUCAUACAGGAGAAAAACCACAUAAAUGCCUGGAGUGUGGAAAGGGCUUCAGAGACACUUUUAACCUUUCUACUCAUCGCAGCACACAUACAAGGGAGAAGCCAUACAAAUGCUUGGAAUGUGGAAAGAGCUUCAGCUGCAAGAGGAGUCUCACUUACCAUCAAAGAAUCCACACUGGAGAGAAGCCAUACAAAUGCUUGGAGUGUGGGAAGAGCUUCAGCUGCAAGAGGAGUCUCACUUACCAUCAAAGAAGUCACACUGGAGAGAAACCAUAUAAAUGCUUGGAAUGUGGAAAGAGCUUUAGUUGCAAGACAGGUUUCACUUACCAUCAACGCAUUCACACUGGGGAGAAACCAUAUAAAUGCUUGGAAUGUGGAAAGAGCUUCAACUGCAAGAGAAAUCUCACAUACCAUCAAAGAAUCCACACUGGAGAGAAGCCAUAUAAAUGCUUGGAGUGUGGAAAGAGCUUCAGCUGCAAAAAAGGUCUCACUUACCAUCAAAGAAUUCACACUGGAGAGAAACCAUAUAAAUGCUUAGAAUGUGGAAAGAGCUUCAGCUGCAAUAAAGGUUUCACUUACCAUCAAAGAAUUCACACUGGGGAGAAGCCAUAUAAAUGCCUGGAAUGUGGAAAGAGCUUCAAUCAGAAGACACAUCUCAUUGUUCAUCAAAGGAUUCACACUGGGGAGAGGCCAUAUAAAUGUUUGGAAUGUGGAAAGGCCUUCAGAGCCAUUUCUAGCCUUUCUUCCCAUAAAAGAAUACAUACGGGGGAGAAACCUUAUAAGUGUUUAGAAUGUGGAAAGAGCUUCAGCUAUAAGAAAAGUCUUACUUCCCAUCGAAGAAUUCACACCAGAGAAAUUAUUAUAAUUGCUUGAAAAAGCUUGAGAAGCACAAAUUUUCAUUAUCAUGGUUUUCUGUUUCUUGACACAGUGCUGAUUUAUGUUCCCAGCUAUAUCCAAUGUGAUACAUUUCUGUUUUCUCAUUGUUCCAAGUUUAUUACCAAAAUGCAGAGCCAUAGGCCAUCACAAUAUAAAUCACAUACAGAGAAAUUGGUUAUAAAAUGUUUUAAUUUUUUUUUAAAUUAUAGGACUACAAAUGUUAAAAACUUCUAUUUCAAAUAGUGUUCUAAAAUAAAUUUUGCUCGUAAUUUCUGGGCUGCUAUCACAAACAGGGAUACUUUACCAGUUACCUCCAGAUUUAAGUCAGACAUUAAGAAAAGUAUUUUUUCGGCUUCCAUAGAUGACUCAUAAUAGUCUAGCCACUCCUUUAAGAGCUUAGUUCUAGGGUUCUGGUAAAUUGAGCAGUGGAGUAAUAUAUGUGGAACAUCCUCCUCCCCAUUGGAUCCGCAAAUACAUUUUCUUUGGUCCUUUGGGAUACCAGAUAACCACCCCUCUCUGUUGGCGUUUGACAGUGUAAAAAAGCGCAAAGCUGUAAAGGCAUAUCUUAAGCUGAUGGGUAGAGGCUGCGUUAGGUAUAAGGAGCAAUUAUGAUCAGUUUUAAACCUCCCAUACCAUGGGGCCACUCGUGAGUUUAUUAGGGUUAAAUGGUCUAAAUACUCACUGUGUUGAAAAAGCGCCUCACGUAAUCUUUUAUUGGAGCCUAAGUUAUUAAAUUCCUGUGUAGUUAGGUGAUAUCUAUUUAAUAGAUCGUCUACUUUACCGCCCCAUAGAUUAAGUGAAAAUGGAUGAUCAAGGCAGAGAUUUAGUAAUUCCUUGCCUUGUAGUGCAUUAGUUGAUCUCAUAAACUUCAAAAGUGUAAGAUGGAUAUGCGUUCUCAACGGAGGGAGUCCAGUCUCUGCUCGUAGCAUUGCUGCCGAGGUUCCCGGGGGGAGGGACAAUAAACGCCUAAGAAAGUUUGUUUGUAUAGUCUCUAAGGAUGAGAUAAUUUCGUUGUCCCAUCCCCAAACAGAUUCUCCAUACAAAACCUGAGGGAUUACUUUAGAUCUAAAUAUUUUUAAAGCUGGUGGAAUCAAGUUACCUCCAGCAUGGCGGUAAAACUUUAAGAUUGCUCCCACUGUUUUUGUCGCAAUUAGCUUUAUAGAUUGCAAAUGUCUUUUCCAGGAGAGGGUAUCUGAGAAAUUUACUCCCAAAUAUUUAUAUACACGGCACUGUUCUAACUGAUGGUCAGCCAUUGACCAUCGAUGCCUAGCAUACCUCUUGCCAAAAACUAAUAUUUUCGUUUUCUCAUAAUUUACAUUUAACCUUUCCUUUAUGGAAAGGUCAUGGAGCCUUCUCAGCAGCUUUCUUAAACCGAUCAGGACUAGAGAGAGAAGGACCAUAUCAUCGGCGUAAAAUAAUGCGGACACCUUCCUAUGCCCGAUAGAAGGUGGAAAAUAUUGGGGGUCAGAUAACUCAGAAAUAAUAUUGUUUAAAAACAGAUUGAAGAGCAGGGGGGCCAAAAGGCACCCUUGUUUAACACUCCUCAUUACCGCUAUCGGAUUCGUCGUAUUACCUUGUUGAUUAACUCUGACCAGGGCUUCAGUAUUAGUAUAUAGAGCCCUUAUAAGAUAUAGUAAUCGUCGAUCAAUUUUCAUAUAGUAUAAUUUGGCCCAAAGGAUGUUCCUAUCAACUGAAUCAAAGGCUGCAGCCAAAUCAACGAAUGCCGCAUAGAGAUGUUUUGUUGGGCCGUUCAUAUUCUGUAUUGCCAAGAAAUAAAGGGUUAGACAAUGGUCUAUCGGGGAGGAACAUUUUCUAAAGCCAACUUGUUCAGGGUGUAUAAGAUUAUUAGAAUCCACCCAUUGUUCUAAUUUUUGGAGGAGAAAUUUACUAUAAAGGUUAGACGCGACAUUUAAUAGACUAAUUGGCCGGUAAUUAGAAGGUUCCAUGGGAUCACUUUUUUUUAUAAAUUGGAACGAUAAUAUUCUGUCUCCACCCCUCUGGGAUGAUGCCGGAGUCAUUGAUUCUAGAAAAUAAACGUGCCAGGAUGGGAGCCCACCAAUCAGGAAAUUGCUUAAAUAUUUCAGGGGGAAGAAAAUCUUCUCCAGGAGCUUUACCAUUUUUCAAGGAAUCAAUGAGAGAUUUUAUUUCUUCGAUGGAAACUGGGGGCCAUGCUGGCUCCUUCUUAAUAUCAAUUUCCAGUAAGUUAGGGUAAGUAGGUGAUAUUGGGGCAUAAAGUCUUUGAAAAUGGGCGUACCAUGUUGGAGUCGGAAUUCGUUGUACCUUUAUAGGGUUAAAUGAACCCAUCCCCGAUUUGACUAAAUUCCAAAAUUGGCGCUCAUGUCUUGCGGAGGCAGCACUAAUUAACUGCUGCCAGCGGGAUACUGCAAAAUCCCUUUUCUUUUGUCUCAGGAGGCUUCUAUAAGAAUCCCUCAUUAAUUUAAAAGAGAUAUGGGAAGAAUCACUUGGGUACUUAAGUGUCAACCAAAGCACAAAUUUUCAUUAUCAUGGUUUUCUGUUUCUUGACACAGUGCUGAUUUAUGUUCCCAGCAUAUAUCCAAUGUGAUACAUUUCUGUUUUCUCAUUGUUCCAUUUUAAUAUUGCUUUUAUUCAUUUGUUGCAUUUAUUGUAACUUUAUUGUAUUUUUUUGUAUUAGGAGAUGUAGUGUCCAUUUGUACACAUUUAGCUAUUGCCGUGAGAUGCCUGAGCUCAACCUGUUUGUUGGACAAGUAAUAUGCAUAUAUGAAAUAAAAAAGCUUCAGGAAGAAGAUGCAGCUCCCUUCUCAUCAAAGAAUUCACACAGGAGAAUCCAUAUAUACGGUUUUGGAAAUAGUCGCUUUAAAUACAUCAGAGGAAGAGAGUGAAUGCAUUUCAGUUUAUGAAGAUGUAGGUAUAAUACAGCCAAAGAGAAAAAUCAGUAGCACGUUAUACAUCUAUGAAUCUUGGAGAAGGGAGAAAUAUAAGGAACAGGGUAGGGGGAAAUAAAUUGUACUGAAGUGUCUGGAAAAGUGGCUGCUACAUGCAAGGAUUAAAACAUACAGUAUUAAAAUUAACUAUAUUUAACCAUUGCUGAUUCGUACAAUGGCACACCUAAAUUCCAGCAGCCCUCUUGUUAAACCGUACUGAAUUCCCAACUAUCCUAACUACAUGGCCUUUUAGCUUAAAAGAACAUUGCUACCAAUCCAGAAUGGAAUUCCAGGGAACAGGCCCUGGUGGUUUUAGAAGCAAGGUGGUAAGAAAUCAGUCUGGUGUCUGUAAAAAAGGAUCCAGAAAAUGUUAACAUGAAAAUUAAAUAGCAAUAGUGGAGGAACUGAAACCACUUAAAAGUAGCAAGAGAGCAGGACAGUGAUUUUGGGAUCGGCUGGUUUUGUUUUUUAUAUCUUGUCUGAACGGAUCAAAUUGUCCAGGGGCACCUCUAUUGACACACCUUUCGCUAUAGCUAGACCUACUUGGUUAAAAUAUUACA